UGGGAUUGGGCGCCCACGGGUGAGGUCAUUACCAGGCGCCUAGGAGGGAAGCUGGAAGCGCAGCUUUCAGCCAUCCAAGGAAGACGCUCCAAGUUUUGUCUGGAAAGGCACUGAAGUUUCUUUUACAGCUUCAAGGAUAAGUAGAGUCAGUCCAUCCAAGAAGGGGACAAAGAACAGACAGAAUGAACAGCUUUAAAGGCAUAGACACUUGAAAAGGACAAGUGGAUACAUGGAGGUAUGACAGGAAGUCAUCUGGGCCAUUAUGGCAGUCAAGUGGACUGGUGGACAUUCUUCUCCUGUUCUCUGCCUGAAUGCAAGUCAAGAAGGGCUAGUGGCUUCUGGAGCAGAAGGUGGAGAUCUCAUGGUUUGGGGUGAAGAUGGGACUCCAUUAGGACACACACGCUUCCAAGGGGCAGACGAUGUUACCAGUGUCUUAUUCGCUCCCUCCUGCCCCACCAAGCUCUAUGCCUCACAUGGAGAAACCAUUAGCAUACUGGAUGUCAGGUCUCUCAAAGGAUCCUUGGACGAUUUUCAUGCGAAUGAAGAAGAAAUCAACUGUGUUUCAUUGAAUGAAACUGAAAACCUUCUGGCUUCUGCUGAUGACUCCGGAACAAUCAAAAUCCUAGAUUUGGAAAAUAAGAAAGUUAGCAGAUCACUGAAGAGACAUUCCAAUAUCUGUUCUUCUGUAGCUUUUCGGCCUCAGAGACCUCAGAGCCUGGUGUCAUGUGGACUGGAUAUGCAGGUGAUGCUGUGGAACCUUCAGAAAGCCCGGCCACUCUGGAUUACAAAUUUGCAGGAGGAUGAAACAGAAGAAAUGGAAGACCCACAAUCACCUGGUCAGCUUUUAAACCCCGCCCUAGCCCACUCUGUGUCUGUGGCAUCAUGUGGCAAUAUUUUUAGUUGCGGUGCAGAAGAUGGUAAGAUUCGAAUCUUUAGGGUGAUGGGAGUCAAGUGUGAACAGGAACUGGGAUUUAAGGGCCACACCUUAGGGGUAUCCCAUGUCUGCUUUCUGCCAGAAUCCUAUUUGCUGCUUACUGGAGGGAAUGAUGGGAAGAUAAUGUUGUGGGAUGUAAGCAGUGAAGUUGAGAAAAAACAGAAGAGUCCUACAAAACAUACCCACAAGAAGAAAACCAAAAGGGCAGCUUAUACCAAGCAGGGUGGAAACACUCAUGCUUCAGUAGCAGGUGAAGACGAACAUGGCAAAAUUUUACCAAAGUUAAGUAUUGAACAUGGAGAAAAAGUGAACUGGCUCUUGAGUACAAAAAUAAAGGGAUACCAAAAUAUAUUGGUAGCUGAUCAAACUAAUUGUAUAUCUGUAUAUCCCUUAAAAGAAUUUUAAAUCCAAUAAAACAUUUGAAAAACUGCAGAA